AUCGGUUCCUGACACCAGAACAUGGGUUCUAUGAUCCUCAGAUCUUUGGAGAACCUGUUCCGACUCUUGUCUUGGAGACUCCAGGGGGUUGAGGUGACAAUCAGGAGGAGCCAAUCCGCUCUGUCCCGCUCGAUUACGCACGGAUUUGGGUUGGGGAGUCUGCGUUACGCGCGGAGCUGUUGCGCUCCCGUCAAUCUGCGGAGCUUUGCUUCUGGAGUUCUGGGUCUUCAGCCCGGAGGGUCUCACCCAGAACCGGAACCGGGACCCGCACCGCCUCCUACACUUGAUUUUUGCUGAUUCUUCAACACCGAGACGACGUGAGGAGAUUGGAAACACGAGGAGAGUUGGUGGCACUCGCGCGCGAGCUGAAGGACAGGAGCGCGCCGCUGUGCGCUCUCACUGAUGAUGGGUGGAGAGAUGCGCUCCUCCGCUGCGCCACAAUAAACAUCAUUUUAAUCCUAGAAACUCCUCAAUCCUGCCGCCGUUUGGAGCCCACCGCAAGCCUCGAAACUGGAUCCUAAUCUGCGGGAUUAUUGGAGCUGACGGAUCACCUGCAGAGAAUCAGACACUCAAAGAGAGAAGAUGCCGUUCCACCAUGUGACGGCAGGCCUGCUCUACAAGGGGAACUACCUGAGCCGCUCGCUGUCUGACAGCGACAGCGAAGUGCUCGCCAGCAUCUCUGUGGAGGAGCUGGAUGAGAUCCGCGAGGCCUUUAAGGUGCUGGACCGCGACGGGAACGGCUUCAUCUCCAAACAGGAACUGGGAAUGGCCAUGCGGUCUCUGGGGUACAUGCCCAGUGAGGUGGAGCUCGCCAUCAUCAUGCAGAGACUGGACAUGGACGGUGACGGACAGGUCGACUUUAAUGAGUUCAUGACAAUUCUCGGCCCCAAACUCCUGUCGUCUGAAACGAGAGAAGGCUUCCUGGGGAACACAAUAGACACCAUCUUCUGGCAGUUCGACAUGCAGCAGAUCACCCUGGAGGAGCUGAAGCACAUUCUCUUCUACGCCUUCCGAGACCACCUGACCAUGAAGGACAUCGAGAACAUCAUCAUCAACGAGGAGGAGAGCCUGAAGGAGAACUCUGGGAACUGUCAGAUGGAGUUUGAAGGAGUUCACCCCUCCAAGAAGAACCGUCAGACCUGCGUGAGGAAGAGCCUCAUCUGCGCCUUCGCCAUGGCCUUCAUCAUCAGCGUCAUGCUCAUCGCAGCCAAUCAGAUGCUGAGGAACGGCAUGGAGUAGCCCCGCCCACUGCAAGCCUGCAUGUGCAUGGCAGCGGGUGAGGUACAGCUAUGAACUUCAAGGAAGGAGAACCAUCAUCAGAGAUUUUUCCGAGGAAAGCCAGAAGAUCGUCUGCAGCUGAUCCAAAACCACGAAGCCAGCAGGAGGAGUCCUGCUCCUCCCCCUUUUCUCUGACAGGGACUCUCAAGGGCUGACGCUGCGUUCACUGUCGUCUCCGUUUCCCUGAUGCAAUAAGAAGAAACCUUUUCCAAAAAUCCCUGCAGGAGUUGAGAGCAGAAGGCAAGGUGUCAGAAUCGGAGAAGAGACCGGAACUCAAAACUCUUCUCUUUCUGGACCUGUGGGAGGAGCCGACACCUCCUCACGAGCCAGGAGAGCCAAUCAGAAGCAGAGAAAGACUUCCUCCUUCUGUCGUCUGUGUCGUUGUGUAUCUACAUCCUUUACUUUACAUCAGGUUCAACCUUUGGAUGGACCACGGAAAAACUCAAAAUGACUCAAUUAAAAUAAAUAUUUACACGAAAAAAACUCAAAAAUUAAACAUUCGAUCAGAAAAACCUGUAAAUAGAUAAAUCUAGAAAUGAUUCAUCCUUCAAUCAUGAGGUCAAAGCAGAAGAAACAUCAAAGCUGAUCCCAGUUUGGUUUUAUUUCAGUGUUUUAGAAUCCAACACAGUGUUUGCACCAACGUCAGGUUAUUACUGUUAGCACAUGGUUGAUAUCUCCGCCCCUCAGGUGACCACAGAAUUACAAUUUAACCAUUAAAACGUCACUGAGCUGCUCUUUCACAGGAACAAGUUCAAUUCUAGACAUUCGAUUCCAAAAACACUUCCACAGAAAAUCAGUCGUUGGGGAUGCAGAGAACGUCUGCAGCACUAAAGCAGAUGUUUGUCUUACUUCUCCUCUGAUCAGCACAAAUCUGACAACAUCCAAAUGAUCCACCUGAUGAUGUUCUACCAGAGCGGAGGUUCAGCCGCUGCUCUAACCGGAGCUCAGGUGCAACCUUCACUUUACUCAUGAACAGGAGGGCGAAUACGAUGCUGUCAGAUCUAAAUGUUAUUCAAGCAGUUUCUAGAAAAUUCUGAGUUCCUCAAAAAAAGCAUAAAAAACUUUAAGCUUUUGUCACAUGCUGAGGCCCAGGGGUUUAUCUGUACGGACGGUUUUUGUGUUGUCCGGCCCGUGGAGGGUCAGAGCUGCAUCUUGAAAGCAGCGGAUGUGUGUCCUACAGUUUUCUUGAGGCUCAUUGACAGUGGAAGGUACUGUUGUGUGUGUUGUAAGGGUAUCAUGAAGCAUUUAUAAGACUACUGAGACUACUGUCACAUAUCCCAAAAUGCCACAGCGCGGCGACCUAAAUGCAAGUUUUUUAAUUAAAUUCAAUUUUAUUUAUAUAAAUUAUUGCCUCAUUGGGCUUCAUGCGGGUAAUUUUACAGAAGCAGAAGGCCGAUCAUAAAAUAUAAACAAUUGCUGAUUUCUAAACCAACUAAAUAGACUAAAUUAAACUGGUUAUCCCUGUCCUUAGACUCUCCUUCUCGGUGAGGAAAAACUUCAAAAAAAAAAACCUGAUUCAGGAAAAAAAGAAGAAACCUUACGGAUGCCUAGAUGAAGGAGAGAUCCUCUCCCAGGACGGACAGGUGAUUUACCAGGACUGUUAAAGAAGAAUUAGCCUAAAACUACGUAUUUGAAUAGAGUUCUGCCAGAUAGGACUGGGGGCGGGUGGGGGUGAGGCUCAAAGUCAAGUCGAGCCAGAGGCGAGGUCCACAGCCAAGAACAGGAGCACAGACGAUCCACCAGGAUCUCCCGCUCCGGAGAGGAGCGGGAGAGAGGAACAACACGUGAAUUGCACUGCACCAACGAGGAGAGCAGAUAACUAAAUUAUUAGUACGGCAAAAUUAUCAGGAGGCAGUCACAUUUUUACACGCGGUGGUCACAGAGAUUUUAAGAAAUAGUUAACGUCAAACAACGACCAGACGAUUUUUUGACAUCCGUCAGAGGCGGCUGGUCUGGUGGCAGGAAGGCAAUAACUGACUGAUAAGAGGGGCUUCAGGGUCCCCAAAAUCAUCUGAUGAUCGGCCGAUUUCACGCUGCCAUCCUCAUGCCCCCAUGUUUCCGUGCUGCCACCUUUCUUGUCAGAAAUCCUACAGCAGUAGUGCAGGCCUCUGACGGGGGCAGACAUGGACCGAGGUUCCCGGCUGGACGGUCUUGACGGUUCAAAGCCGGAGCUUCACAAAACUCAUCAUGUCGUUGAUAGCAUCACAGUGAGUCUGAGAUCUGCAUUUUGAUUAAUUUUGGUUGAUGCUGACAAGAAUACGAAGAUGACAAAACAUUGUGCUUUCUUGGGAGGCCUGUCUUACUUUUAUAACCACGGCAACAAUUUUCAAAAAUCGUCUGCCGACAUGAAAUCUUGAAGAUUCUGCCGAUGCCUCACGCGGUGGCAGUUGAAUUUGUGACUGUAGCAUCAUGACGUAUGGAUAAUGCAGUCCUACUGUGUCCUUAAGUUGCAUUUUAACCCGCUGCGAUUAGUGCGUCAAAUCCACAUCUGCCGCCUCUCUUUUGCUGAAUGCCAAAUUUACUGCUCAAAAUGUCCUCGGCGCCCGGUUGUAUGUGGGAGGAGCUACUGCCAAAGUUUUUCUGGACUUCAUUCGUUGCCACAUCAUGGAAAACAUGGAUGAUGUUGAGCGAGUAGCUUGGGUUUAUAUGUUUGGAGAGCUCUACAGAACCUCAGCCAUGACGCCGUGUCUGGGUUCACCGGAUCAUUCAGUCUCUCCUGGUGAGGUCUACUCCACAUGCGACGGACGUUUUAAACGUUACUUUGGUCUUUGGUUCAGUUUGAGCUUUAACCCGAGAGGGGAAGAAUAAGAAUAAAGCUGGAGGAUCUUUUCCAUUAUUGACUUGAUAAGAGAAACAUCCUAAGCCCAUGGAGAUGGAACGAUCACGGCAGCUAACCGCCCAUGCGUCAGCAGAGCCAUCUCCACUUCCCUGAGGCCAGGAGAGCUCACUAGCUCUCCCAGACACUAUAAUUGGCGGAGCUCGCUACGCUGUCCACAGGCGGCUGGCUCGCGUAGGGGGCUUGAUCGCUUCAGCUCCAUGGGUUCUGUGACAGACUGGUGACUUGUCCAGUUUGUCAAAAGUCACCAGGAAAAUCUCCAGCAACCUCACUUUCUAAGCCCUUGCAGUUUUAGAAAAUUGAUGUAAGUUUAAGUCAAAAACACUCACAUCGAGCAGCCAUUUUGGAUUUUUAUUUCAACCUCCUGAUCAAAUCACUGAAAAUGUCCCGUGCCCAAAGCUGAGUCUGUGAUUGGUUGAUGUGCUGCGUCAACCUCGCCGUGUCUGCCACUCAAAUCACCCGUUCAAAUAGCACUGCUGCUGAACCGACACGCCCAACACCCAGAUCGCACCUCAGGACCUCAGAUCACGUCGGUACCUUGACUUAAUAAUGAAACUCGACGCUCCUGCGGCGCCAAUCGCCUCUGGUGUGAAUGCAGCAGAACGCCACACUCUGGUUGUUAGUAAGGUGCAAGUACCGGCUCCUGACUGACAGAACGUGAAUCCUGCAGGUGAAACGGAAGGAUGUCCACACAAACUACACUCGGUUGUCUAAUUUCCUCAUUUCUAACAGUCAGGCAGCAGCAGUGAACCAGCAUUUAUCAUGUGAACAGCAAUAAUGGAAUCCUUUGUGCAGUUCUCAAGAUUUAAGGGUUUUGUAAAAAUGAAAAAUCCGGAUGACACGCUGCGUCUCACCCCGUUCAUCUUUAUAGGUGUUCACUACAACCUUUGUGUGCACGAACAUUUUCUCUCUGCGGGUGAUCUGAGUGGUUUGAGACUUCGAUAUUUCACGUGAGCCACCUGUGUGCCAGUGCAUGUAACCAGAUCACUUCUGCGUCAUUUUUAGAAAAUAAAGGACGUUGACACACAGAAACACCCUUAGAGAACAUUGAUCGCAGAUAUGGCAAAUUUUUAUUUGUAUUUAUUUUGACUUUUUUCUAUGAUAUCAGUUUGUAUAAAAUGUUGCUUAAACAGCUCAGCAGUCUCUGUUUUUAUGACAGAUUUUUGAUCAUUUUAGAUUCAGAGAUCCUCUAUCUCCUCGUCUUUAAAGGGUCAGGAGCUGCUGACAUGUUGGAGCUUUGAGUGUGGAUUUCAUCAUGUGUCUGUCCAGAGAAAAACCCUUCGGAUCAUUUUUGAUUUUGUCACUGACAAAAAAUGUGAAUCUGGUGGAUCUCUGGCCUCUGAUUGGCUCGAAACUCCUGCAGAGACUCACCUGAGCUUCUAACCCCUAUUAUCAAGUGCAUGUGAUCAAAUCUAUGUCUUCUGUAAAUACUGCGUCUUAUGUGUCGGUGUGCAGUGUCCUUCUGCGUGCAUGACUGUCUGUGCACACCGGGGCUGGAGAGCAGCUGCGCAGACGCUCCCGGAGCAUCAGAACGCAGACGGAGAGCGUCUGCUCCGAUCCUCUCCCUCCUCUGGAUAAAGCCAUACCCGUCUGCAGAGGUGACACGUUCAUGUGUGAAUCAGUGCUGACCUCUGGUGGUGGAAGACUGAAAUGCAGGUGAUAGCGCCACCUGGAGGCAAAGUGAACUCCCAGCAGUCGUGCUUCUGUCUCUCCACAGUGAUUUGUGCAUUUCUCAUGACAAACAUGGACAUUAGUCGGCAUUAUCUUACUAAUUUGUGGACAUUUUUGAUUGUAAAUGUUUAAAUAUUCUCAUGACUUUGACUCAGUCGGGAUCCGAGUGCAGUCAGCACGUCUUUCUAUGAUGUAAUCGCCACUUUUUAUUUCAUUUUGGAUACUAAAAGCACGCCGAACCUUAAAGAUUUAUAAAUUAAAACAAACGAACGAACAUCCAGAUUUUGGAAGAUGUAAUGGCAAUAAUGAGGAGGAUUCCCUGCAGAGCUGUGGUGCAGUGGGAGUCCAGAACCUGACCGCUGGUUUUGGGGAGGGGCCCUGGGGUCUCCAUCACGGCCCGGCGGCUGGAUGUCACCGUCUCUGAUGUACCUUCCUUCACGGCUAAUAACUAUAAGACAAGCACAUUCUAUACUCUGCAUGUGCAACGUUUAAGCAUAGACUAGAAGAUGACUCAGCUAUAAUAUUUAUUAGAUGCAUCAUUAUUAUAUUGUAAAUAUGGGAUUCUGUACAAAAACAAGAAUUGUUGCAAUAAAGAUGUUUUUUAAGAGUG